CGAAACGGAUGUGUGAGCGCUCGAAACGAAAAGUUCCCCCAAUAAAAGGAAGACAAAUCCAACAAGGGAAAAACCAAAAAUAUUUACAACUCAAAACCUAAAUUUAUUUCUCUUUAAGAAUGAUUUGAGGUAUAAACUGAAACACACCAGAAUUCCCCAAUAAGUUUAUUUUCUGUUUCCUGAGUUAAUAAAACAAAACAAAAAAAAAACAAAGAAAAAUCAACAAAAUUCAGCAAAAUGGCUAUGGAAUGGAUAACUGCUAUGGACAAGCGUCCUUGUGAUCGCAACUUACGUGAUGUGGAACUAAUAUCCUGUCGUUUGCGUCGCGUGGAGCCACUGUGUCGCCUGCCAGGGUCGGCCUUGCAGCAAUUGGCCAUGUGUGGUUUCUACGAGGACUUGGAGAAGGGCGUGACUUUGUUUCGAGCUGGCGAACAAGGACGCUUCUGGUAUGCGGUGCUUGGAGGCUCUUUGGAAGUUCGUUAUCAUGCACAUGCCGAUGCCGAUGGCAAGAGUGCCGUUACUUUGUGUAAUCUUGGCGUGGGUGCCACAUUUGGCGAAUCAAUUUUACACGACCUGCCACGCGAUAGCACUGUGGUGACGAAAACAACAUGCGAACUGCUUAGAGUCGAACAGCAGGAUUUUCGACUCAUUUGGGAGAAAAACAAAGAGUUGAUGAAUGAUAUUUUCACCAAUUGCAAAUUGAAGAAUGGUUUUGGUCCUGGCGUACAAUCAGCCGCCGCUGCAGCAGCCACAUCACCAACAAAACGCCCACUCAGUCCCGAUCAUCCCAAUCCAGCCACACCUAUCACUGAGACGCCGAGUCCUGCUAUGAGCCGCAUGGGAUGGGCUCUACGUACAUUAUUGGUAGCCGAUAACUCAAGUUGUCUUAAGGAUCGUAAGGUAUCUGGUAAAUUGAUACGCAAGUGUGCUCCAGGUACCGAGCUUGUCGAUUGGCUGGUAAAUCUAUCGCCUAUUGUCCAUACACGUGCCCAGGCGGCUGGCAUGUGGCAGGCCCUACUCGAAGAAGGCGUUCUCUCACAUGUCAACAAGGAGCAACCGUUCAAGGAUAAAUGUUUUCUGUAUCGAUUUCGUUUGGAUGAGGAGGGCGGAGCAGCUGCAGUCGGUAUACCACAGGCAGAGGAUCUCAGUGCGGCUAAUGAGCACAUACGUGAGGGAUUGAGUGCACUUUUUCAACGUGGCCCAGAUGCCACAUUGCGUAUGAUAUUGCGCAAACCUUCGCAUGAGCGCACAUCCGAGGAAUUGGAAUUGGUAUUUGAGGAACUUGUCCACAUAGCUGCACUCUCCCAUCUAUCGACCAGCAUCAAGCGAGAGCUCUCAUCGAUAAUCGUGUUCGAGGCUCAUGCCCAGGCGGGUACAAUAUUAUUCAAUCAAGGAGACGAGGGCCGCUCUUGGUACAUUCUACUCAAAGGCUCUGUGGAUGUUGUGAUACACGGCAAGGGAACAGUGGCCACCUUGAAGACUGGCGAUGAUUUUGGCAAAUUAGCUUUGAUUAAUGAUGCGCCCAGAGCUGCUACCAUAGUCUUAAAAGAGAACAAUUGCCAUUUAUUGCGCGUGGAUAAGGAGCAUUUCAAUCGCAUUCUCCGUGAUGUGGAGGCCAAUACAUUAAGAUUGCAGGAGCAUGGCAAAGAUGUUUUAGUACUCGAACGUGUGGCCAAACAACGUGGGCAACAUUCAGCAUUCAAAUAUACUGUCAUGUCGGGAACGCCGGCCAAAAUGUUGGAACACUUACUCGAGACGCGUCUGGGACAGACGGUCAGCGGCAUGGAUCCAUUUCUGGAUGACUUUCUGCUCACGCAUAUUGUAUUUAUGCCAGUGGUGCAGUUAGUCGACGAAUUGGCCAAUUAUUUCCAUUGCGAUGCCCAUGAUGAGGCCCAAAUGCCCGAGGAUCGUGAGUAUAUAAUCAACUUUAAAAAGCGCGUCAUACAGUUUAUGCAAAAAUGGGUUAUGGCCGUGCGUCAUGCGGCUUUCGAGGAGCCAAGUGUGUGCGAUUUUAUCGAGGACUUGGCCGCCGAGGUGGAGGCUGAUGUGGAUCUAAAUGAGGAGACAAGCAUUGUGCAUAAUGUGUUGACACAAAUGGCACGCUAUCAGGAGGAUCGCAAUCAGAAUGCGGGGCAGAAGUGGAAGUUGCCGCCAAAUGGACAACCGAUUUGUUUGUUCAGUGGCAAUGCCACACCCUCAAAGACAGUGAUACGACCCGACGAUGACAUCAUUUUCCGGGUCUAUUGCGCCGACCAUACCUACUGCACUCUACGCUUUCCCAUGCAUACAACGGCGGAGCUAAUCAAAGCCUGUGCCGCCGACAAGUUGCAAUUGAAUCGUGGCCCAGAGGACUUGUGUCUGGUGGAAGUGAAAUCGAAUGGCGAACGUUCGGUGUUCAAGGAUAAUGAUGUUAGCAUACCCACAGGACUAACGCUCAAUGGCCGGCUGUUUGUGUCCGUCAAGGAUCAUUUAGAUGCUUUGACGCCAUUGCAAGAACAGGAAUGCCCCACAGAGGGUGUGGACAUUGACUUGGAAAUAUUGAGCACAAAAGAGUUGGCCUACCACAUCACUUUAUUUGAAUGGGAUUUAUUUUGGGCUGUUCAUGAAUACGAGCUGCUCUACCACACUUUCGGUCGUCAUCAUUUUGGCAAGAUAACAGCCAAUUUGGAUGUCUUCCUGCGUCGCUUUAAUGAACUUCAAUAUUGGAUAGUCACCGAAAUGGUGUCCACUCCCAGUCUGAGCAAACGUGUGGGCCUCAUCCGUAAAUUCAUUAAGCUGGCUGCCUAUUGCAAAGAGUAUCAAAAUUUGAAUGCCUUCUUUGCCAUAGUGAUGGGUCUCUCGAAUAUGGCAGUGUCACGUCUGCAGCAGACUUGGGAGAAGAUACCCUCCAAAUUUCGUAAAAUCUUUCAGGAAUUCGAAGCUCUCAUCGAUCCGAGUCGCAAUCAUCGCGCUUAUCGGGUAUUUGUGGGUAAAUUACAACCUCCCUUGAUCCCAUUUAUGCCGCUGCUCCUCAAGGACAUGACGUUCGCUCAUGAGGGGAAUAAGACCAGUUUGGAUGGCCUAGUGAAUUUCGAGAAAAUGCAUAUGAUGGCCCAGACAAUGCGUACCAUACGAUUCUGUCGAUCCAGAAGUUUGGGCCUGGAGCCACCUUCACCCAAAAGUGAGGGGGAAGUACGAUCAUAUAUUAGCAGUUUUCGUGUUAUUGACAAUCAACGCAUUUUGACAGCAAUGUCACAAAAGGUGGAGCCAACUAGGAAGCUCUAGACAAUGGAUUAAAAGCGAUUUAAUUUAAAUAUUUACAUAAGUAUCUAGUAUAUUUAUCUGUGUCUACCAAAACUGACAAAAACAAACACAUGUCUAAUCAAAGUCAAAUCUGUAUAGUAAUUAGCAAAUGCACAGAGUUAUUUACGUAUAUGUAUGUAUAAAUCAUACAU